CUGCCAUAUAUUAAAAUACGGAAAAUGUUCUUUGUCAAAACUGAAGGCUGUUUUUUCUGGAUGGUAUUAUAUUAUACCUCUGUUGUUUCAAUGGGUAACAAACAUUGCCAUGACUCCUGUAAAACAUCCACCCUCCAGGCUCCACUGGGCUCUGUGGUGCUCUUGUCAUGCAGCUUUGGGUCUACCUCUCUGGGCAUCAGCCCUGGCCAUGGCUGGGUGGUGUGGAACCAUGGCUCUGGUUCUGGUGUCAGCCUGGUCAACAUCACGUCGUCUGGGAAGGUGGACUUUCUGGACCCCAGGCAAGGCAGAGUGAAGGCUUUCCCCAAUCAGGGAGUUCUGGGGAACUUCUCCAUCAGCAUCGAUGCCCUUCAGGCCUCAGACCUGGGUUCCUACUGCUGUGAGCUACAGAGUAAUGACCAGUGCCAUCGAGUGGAAGUUGAGGAACUUGAUCAAGACAGUACAGAUCUGCAAGUGUUGUUUUUCAGCAUCUGUGGUGUGGCCGUCCUCAUAGUGCUCCUGAGUGGCUGUUUCUGCUGGGUGAAAUGGACACGAGUUUCUAGUGAAAGAACACCCGACUACAUCAACACCCAUUUCUAUGCAGGAUCCAGUGCACCUCCUGAGAACGUCACAUGUAGUGACAAUGUCGGGAGAGACGUGGCACAGGAGAGAGGAGCCGGCAAUGAGCGACCUAUCUAUGAAAACAAUGAGCACGAUCCAACCAGAAUGCAGCAUGAACCGACCAGAAUUCAGCAUGAUCCAACCAGAAUGCAGCAUGAACCGACCAGAAUUCAGCAUGAUCCAACCAGAAUUCAGCAUGAUCCAACCAUUCAGCAUGAUCCAACUGGAAUUCAGCAUGAACCACCAAGAAACCAGCACGAACAAGCUAGAUACCAAAAUAAACCAGUGAGAGAUUUGAGUGAGAAAAGAAGACAGGGGUUUCAUAGAGAACUGAUGAGCAGAUUGCGCCAAUCAAGUCUCGGACGGCAUUACUAUGCAAACCAAGCAGAGAUCAACCAGCAAGCCAGAGCUCAGAUGGACAACCACCAAAGAGCAAAUGAAGCAGAAACCAACCAGGAGGGAAGAUCCCAAAUGGCCAACCGCCAAAGAGGAAGCCUUUGGAGAAAGAAACCCAAAGAGAAAUGUGAAUUUAAAAACCCUAUCUACAACAACAGCACAGACCAACUCAACAACCUGUAGACAGGGAUGACGAGGAUACUAGGUCUCAACUCCUUGGUCUCGCUUCUGUUUGGGUUGUACUUUUCUUUUUCUUUUUUUGUAAAUAAAGUACAGUUGAAGUCGGAAGUUUACAUACA